CCCGCGAGAGGGCGGCGGUUGGACGCCCGUGCCGCUCGGUCCCGAGCCCCAGCUGUCCCCCUCCCGGCCCCUCCGCGCUUCUCCUCGUCAUGGCGGCCCUCAGCAAGUCCAUCCCUCAUAACUGCUACGAGAUCGGCCACACUUGGCACCCUUCCUGCCGGGUCUCCUUCCUGCAGGUCACUUGGGGCGCCCUGGAGGAGUCCCUGAAGAUCUAUGCCCCCCUGUACUUGAUUGCAGCAAUUCUCCGGAAACGAAAAUUAGACUAUUAUUUGUACAAACUACUCCCUGAGAUCCUACAAUCCGCUUCAUUUCUGACUGCUAAUGGGGCCUUGUAUAUUACUUUCUUUUGCACUUUAAGGAAGAUACUUGGAAAAUUCUACUCAUGGACUCCUGGCUUUGGUGCCGCUUUACCAGCAUCUUAUAUGGCCAUUCUAAUUGAAAGAAAAAGCAGGAGAGGGCUGCUCACAAUUUAUAUGGCCAACUUGGCUACAGAAACACUAUUUAGAAUGGGUGUGGCAAGAGGAGCCAUCACAACAUUAAGAAAUGGAGAAGUCCUUUUGUUCUGCAUAACAGCAGCCAUGUACAUGUUCUUUUUCAGGGCCAGGGCUACCUCUGUGGCUACCUCUGAGUUCACUGCCGCUGAUGAAUGGAGGUCUCUUGUCCAGUCAGCUGCCGCCUGCAACGCUACUGCCACCGCUGCUGCUGACUUGCUUCCUGCUGCCAACAAUCACCACCACUACCACUGCUACCACUGUGGUUUCAUCAGAAUGUUUAGCGUGGGAUACUUGAUCCAGUGCUGCCUGCGAAUCCCCUCUGCAUUUAGGCAUCUGUUUACAAAGCCAUCCCGGCUACUUUCUCUCUUCUACAAUAAAGAAAACUUCCAGCUUGGAGCUUUUCUUGGUUCUUUUGUUAGUAUAUACAAGGGUACUAGUUGCUUUCUGCGUUGGAUCAGAAACCUGGAUGAUGAACUACAUGCUAUUAUAGCUGGAUUUUUGGCGGGUAUAUCAAUGAUGUUUUAUAAAAGCACAACAAUUUCCAUGUAUUUAGCUUCCAAACUGGUAGAGACAAUGUAUUUCAAAGGCAUUGAAGCAGGGAAGGUUCCCUAUUUUCCUCAUGCAGAUACUAUUAUCUAUUCCAUCUCUACAGCAAUUUGUUUCCAGGCAGCUGUCAUGGAAGUUCAGACCUUGCGACCGUCUUACUGGAAGUUCCUUUUAAGGCUCACCAAGGGCAGAUUUGCUGUCAUGAAUCGAAAAGCCCUGGAUGUUUUUGGUACUGGUGCAUCUAAACACUUUCAGGGUUUCGUCCCCAGAUUGGAUCCAAGAUAUACAGUUGUAAAACCGGAGUUGCCGAUAGAGUUUUCAUGAAGAUGGCUAUAAUUUAUUAAUGUGACUAUAUUUCAUCAUUAUAUCCUGAAGAGUUAAUUAUGUUGAAUACAAAGAAGGGGGCCCAGCUCGAACUUCAGUGUUAUUUCAAUGAGAGAGCUUUUUUGUUUUGUUUUGUUUUUCUUACCAAUCAGAAAUACAGAAGCUUUUUAGGAAGGUGUUGCUUAAUAAUUAAGCUUCCUCUGUAGCCAGAAUCUGAUUCUGGAUCACUGUAGUGGUUGACAUUCUGAUAUAUUAUUGAUUAAAUUAUGUCCACAAAUGAUAUUGAAUUAUCUAUAUAGAAAUGUAAUAACAAGAGUACACUUAAAAUUACUUAAAAGAGUCUUUAGUUCAUUCCAAUAUAAUUCUUGGUUUAAACUAAGAAUAUUUCUCAUUUUAGGAUUUACAAAGGAUCACGGGUACGUGGAUUUGGUCUGUGAUUAUUUUUAAGUUUUGAAUUGGUAUUUGUAGUAGUAGAAUGUUAUAGAUUUGAAGGAAUUCUCCAUAUACAAUGCUGCUUUAGUAUAGAGCAAUGUAAUUGGAGAAAAAGUGGCCAUUCUUACUUCAGGGAUGCAAAGAUGGGUUUUAUACCAUUGGGGUAAAUGUCGUGGUAUCCAUGCUCUUUUUUCAACUAGUAACACCAUCUCUCUCCAUGACCAGUAGGGCUGUUUGGCAGCCCAGUAAACCUACAUACUAAUGGCAGGUUAGGAACAAAUGAAAAUUUACACAUGUGUUUUAAUCUUUUACAAUAGCAUUACACUUGAAUAUUUAAAAACAAAUAUUUAAAAACAAAUCUUUUAAACCUCCUAUAGAUAUAUUGUGUUUGUUGUCAUUUAUAGAGGCUGAAUUGUUUAUAAUUCAGUUUGUAUGCCAUUGUUUUAGAAAGGAUCAAAAUCCUGUGGAACAAAAGAAGUUUUGCGAAGUUUAGCAGUGUUUUACCCUGUCAACUGUUUCACUUAAAUAAUAGAUGUUUUACAACUAAAACAACAUAAAAUUCCAGCAGUUGUUAAAAAGUUUUUCAUCACUAAUUUAAUUCAUGUUCCUCAACUUCAUUUUCAGAAACCACUGUCAUCCUUUUUACUCUAGAAUAAAGAAGUGACAAAAUGUAGUCACUUUCUCUUGAUGAAAGUAAUUCAGGACAACUGAUGAACAUAUGAUUGCUAUUUACAGUUUUUCAGGGAAAAGUUUUACUUUUCUAAGAUAAUAAAAGGCUUAAAGUGAUUGUGAUGUCUACAGGGAAUGUAAAAUCUAGGAGUGAUGCUAUUUUUGGAAUAUAAUUUUGUUACUAAAAAGUUUUUAGGCCAUGGUAAAUCAUGCAGUAGAAUUUGUGUUACAAAAGGGAUUUUUAUCCAGAGGUUAAAAAUGCAUAAUCCCCAAUAUUAAAUUUUAUUAAGCCUUGUAUUACUUCUGUUUUUAUGUCAUCCUGUCUUUUGUUGUUAUAACAAAUUGAAACCCAACAAAAAGGUAGAUUCUAGUACUGUGGUAACACGAGAGUCACUUUAGUUGGGUCAAAAUUUUUCAUUGUGAAUAACUUUUUAGAGUAGACUUGCCAUUUGGCAAUACUGGUAAGGGAUCAUUUUGGUUUCAGACUUCAAAAUUGAUUAAUGUAGUUUUAAGUUUUUAUUGACUGGAAUCAAAAUGAUGAUUGGUACUAUGUUUACUUUUUAAACAUGAAGUAUUAAAGCACUGAGAAGCACCAGCAUGCACCUCAUUUUCCCUGUUCAGAAUUUAUGUUUGUUAUAUUUUUCCUAUCAGGUUAAACAUAGACAUUUAAAUCCAUAAGUUGUUAUUUUCAUUGCCAUUAAAAAGCUAUCAUAUUGAAAAACACAUUCUAUUGAAAUUUUCUAUGAUUGUUUAGCAGAAUUUUGCUGGUUAAGGUGCAUUUCUGCAAUAUAUAUGUAUAUGUAUACAUAUAUCAACAAAUUGCAAUCAUAUUUUUAUUUUAUAUAAAAUGUAAAACAAAAUAACCAUCCUGAAGCAGAAUAUAGUGGUGAAUGUAUAGAUUGAAUGAAUGGUUAACUAAUUUGCAGUGGGGAAUCAAGAAUCAAGAAGUCCAGUUUGAUUCCACUAUGGCAGAUUGCAAAGUAUACUUGUUCAAGCAAACACAAAGAAACUUUGUGUUCCUGAAGACAAUUAAAAUGUCUUUCUACCUCUAACUAAUCAGGUAUUGAUUAACAAUGUAUUGGCAUCUUAAAUAAAGUCAAAUAGACCUCUCCAUUCCAAAAUAUGUUUUUAUUUUUAAAAUCAUUUAAAUUCUCAAGAAAUCAUGUCCAAGUAAAUUUCUACCAGACUGAUAGUAGUAAACAAAUAUAUGCCUGUUAGUCUUUCCAAUAUCUUUACGUGGAGUGAAGAACAGUGCAUCUGGAGCAGUAGUAAAUUGGUCAUUUCAUUGCUAUUCCCCGUAUUAGUAAAAUCCUAUAACUUGUACCAACUAAGUAAAGAUUGAGGUUGCAAGAUAGUUGUCUUGAAUCUGUUAGAUUCGUACAACUUUUUCAUCAGAUAGUUUUUGUGUCCAUUCUGAAACAUUUCUGAAAGAAUAUCUUUGGUUCUGUUAUCUUUUUUUUAUGAAUUCUGUAUUGGAUUCUGUAACUUUUUUCUUGCUCUAUUAACAUAGAUAUCACUCAAUUUAUAUCUACUUUAUUAUUUUUACUUUUUUUGCUAUUGUUUAGUCAGUUGUUAUUUAAUUUAUAAUUUUGUUAUUCUUUACUCUCAGAUUUUAUAAUUUACUUUUACCAAGAACAAAUACGUAUUUUGUGAUGGAACUCACAUUGGGUAUUUGUCAUAUUUUCUGGAAUACACACAUCCUUGUAGAUUAUGUCUAGGCUAACAUUUGAUUUAGAUGAUAAUGCUGACAAAAAAUAAAAUGUUUAUGCUUGGAUUUCA